GAGUCUGCAGGGCUGCUGUAGUGACACAGGCGGAGGGCUUCCAUGCUAAGCAAGCGACUAACCGCAUUAAAACCAGAAAUAAACGCGCCUUUCUUUUAUGUUUUAUUUUUUUUCGGAGUCCCUAACUCAGUUCGGUCAUCCUCGGCGUACUCUAUUUCCACUUAAGUGGACUUUCUUCUCCACCGUGUGUGCUUCCGUGAAAGAGUGCCGCUGCUUCUGACCGAGCACGCCGCCGCCGCUCCUGCCUCUCCGCCGCUGCGAGAGAAGAAAACAAGCUCGGUGAGCAGUGCGCUAAAGCUGUGUGAUCAUUGACAGAGUUCACUACACACAGCCACCCAGCGGUAACUCGUCGGCGCCUCGUGAAACAGCUCAGAGGUUCUUCUGCAAGCCACGGUUGAGGAUAUAUUUAUCUAUCUUUACCUCCGAAGUCGAGGUAUUAGUCAUCUCAUCUUAAUUUGCUAUCAGGAAUUUACCCAAUAAGAGAGUUUUCAUCAGCUCCCUUGCAGCCCCCUACCUACCCAAACAGUCUUCUGCCCCAGCAUGAAUGACGUCGUUGUUGUUAAAGAAGGAUGGCUCCAAAAGAGAGGUGAAUACAUCAAAACAUGGCGUCCUCGGUACUUCAUCCUGAAGAGCGAUGGAUCCUUUAUCGGAUACAAAGACAAGCCUGACGUGUCCAGUGACCUCAGCCCCCCACCGCUCAACAACUUCUCUGUUGCAGAAUGCCAGAUAAUGAAGACAGAGCGCCCCAGGCCCAACACGUUUGUUAUUCGAUGUCUGCAGUGGACCUCGGUUAUUGAGCGGACUUUCCAUGUGGACAGCAGAGAGGAGAGGGAGGAGUGGAUGCGGGUGAUCCAGACAGUAACAAAUAGCCUGAAGAGUCAGCAGCAGGAUGAGGAGCCCAUGGAGAUCAAAUUUGGCUCACCCAGUGACAGCAGCGGCGCAGAGGAGAUGGAGAUCGCCGUGUCCAAAACCCGUUCAAGAGUGACCAUGACUGACUUUGACUACCUGAAGCUGCUGGGCAAAGGAACGUUUGGAAAAGUGAUCCUGGUUAGAGAGAAAGCCACGGGGAUGUACUACGCCAUGAAAAUCCUCCGCAAAGAAGUCAUCAUUGCUAAAGAUGAGGUGGCACACACAGUUACAGAGAGCAGAGUUCUCCAAAACACACGGCAUCCCUUUCUAACGACACUAAAAUAUGCAUUUCAAACACACGACCGGCUAUGCUUUGUGAUGGAGUAUGCAAAUGGAGGAGAACUCUUCUUUCAUUUAUCCCGGGAAAGAGUAUUCACAGAAGAUAGGGCACGAUUCUACGGUGCAGAAAUAGUAUCUGCACUGGAGUAUCUACACUCACGCAAUGUCGUUUACAGGGACUUAAAGCUGGAGAAUCUGAUGUUGGACAAAGACGGCCAUAUAAAGAUAACAGACUUUGGGCUGUGUAAGGAGGGAAUCACAGCCCGCGACACAAUGAAGACGUUCUGUGGAACCCCCGAGUACCUGGCACCAGAGGUACUGGAGGACAAUGACUAUGGACGUGCAGUGGACUGGUGGGGACUGGGAGUGGUGAUGUAUGAGAUGAUGUGCGGCCGGUUGCCGUUCUACAACCAGGACCAUGAGCGCCUGUUUGAGCUAAUCCUCAUGGAGGACAUCCGCUUCCCUAAGAACCUGGCACCAGAGGGCAAGGACCUGCUGGCAGGCCUGCUGAAAAAAGAUCCAAAACAAAGGCUUGGAGGUGGACCAGAUGAUGCCAAAGAAGUAAUGACCCACAAGUUCUUUGCCACCAUAAACUGGCAGGACAUCCUUGAAAAAAAACUUAUUCCACCCUUUAAGCCCAAAGUAACAUCGGAAACCGACACCCGUUACUUCGACGAUGAGUUCACAGCACAAUCUAUUACAAUAACUCCUCCAGACAAGUAUGACAGCUUAGAUGUUGAGGAUUCAGAUCAGCGUACACACUUCCCUCAGUUUUCCUACUCUGCCAGCGUACGGGAAUGAUCACUAAGACUCGUGAACAAGCAGGCAGGCUGGCACACAAUCCUAACCCCUCAUGCACCCUUGCACUGCUGAGGAAUUAAAAUGACACAAAACAAAAAAGGUGGCACAAGGCACAUUUUUCAUUCAGUCUUUGACACACGCAUCCUCACCGUUACAGGUUAAUCAUUGAAAGAAAGUUAAAAAAAAAAAGUAGCUUAAAAUAAAGUAGGAAGUGAACAUACAGACCAUGCGUGACGGAGCUCAGCUGGUUUGUUUUAAUAGACUGGCAGCUUUGUCUCUGCAUGUCCUGUUUGGGUCAGCGUCAGGCUUCCCUGCUGGACCUCUGCAACACCACAUCAAAGCCUUUACACUUAAAAAAAAAACAGGUAAUGCCAGCAAGUCCCACAUCUUUACCAGCUUAACCCAAGGUUACCAAACACAGAUACGCACAACAAAUGACCCACAGGUAGAAUUUCCUAAUUUCAUCCGAAUUAGAGAAAAAAAAAAUUCAAAACAUUUGGGAGGAAAACCGACAAUUUAUUGUUUCAUCAGUUGCGGUUUUAAAUGUAAAGCCAUAUUUCAAAUUUUUUAUUUUAUUUUUUUGAUUUAAGACAAAAAAAAUAACAAGUGCUCUUUCUGGAACUUGCUGUUACAAAUCAAGUGUAGGGUUUCCCUACUGUUGGAGGGGCAAGGGGUGAGCCAUGGAGAGUUAUGGUGAUUGCACUGCACAGGGUGUUCAUGCCAAUGCACGAGAGGAUUCGAAUGCAUGCGUGUGCAGAGAGAGCGCAAGAGAACGAGUUUUUAAUCUUCAGCCAUCCAUUUGUGUCGUUUUUUUCUUUUUCUUUUAAUAUGCAUGUUUUUAAACUAAAAAUUUGCUGGAACACAGGCGAGAGGGAGAGGACACUACACAACAUCAAGGGGGCUGUUUUCAUUGUGAAACCUUGUAGUUUACGAUUGCUGUCCUGAUUUGCUGGCUGGUAAUUUGACUCAAGAUGACAAAAAUCCAAUGCAUGGCUUACUGUUGCUGUCGAAGCUGCAUUAUUUGAUGCAAUGCAGCAUUCAUUCACGUGGAGACCAGGUUGGUAAACGCAGAUUCCAGUUAGUCUUUGGUUUCUGUAGAGAAAUCGGAUCCAGUCUAGUCUCUCCGUGUGUACAUAUUUAUACAGACUGAAUAAAACUGAAUAGCAGACGAUACUCCUGACCCAGUUUUCCUGGACCUGUCCAGAAGUAUCUACUGUUUUACGCCUUUACUAUUUCCUCAGUUCUGUAAACUUUCCUCCCUGGCUGAAAUGGAUCAGCAGCAACGUCUUGUUCUUUUUAAAAUAUCAUUGCAAACUAUUAGAGUAUUUUUCAAAUUAGCUUUUAUUUGGCUCCCAGUUUGAAAAUCUAAAAAAUAAAAAGUGUGCUUUUAAAAGUAAAAGUAACUUAUUGGACAUUUACUGCUUGAAUUCAUUCUAUGUUUAAUGUUUUGAGACUGAUUUGUUUCUCUAAGUGUCCAAGCACUUAAACGUUUAAAGGUUGAAUGUUUGAAGCAAGUUGAGUGUGACCCGUUGGAUCCAGGCUUUUAGCUAGCAAUGCGUUUGGCUGUACAUUGUACACCCUUUAC